UAACUAAGAUCUCCUUGUUCCGACAAGUCACAACACAGACGAAAGCCUCUUCCAUGUUUCUAUAUAUAAACCAAAGAACACAGCACUUACCCUCAUUAACUAAGAUUUUGGCUUCACAAUUCUUCUCCAUCUCUUGUCUCUCUUCCUGCAGAUCCAUAUAUUACAUGCUAUAAUGGGAAGAUCACCGUGUUGCGAUGAGAACGGGCUAAAGAAAGGGCCAUGGACGCCUGAAGAAGAUCAGAAACUGAUAAAUCACAUACAAAAACACGGUCAUGGAAGCUGGAGAGCUCUUCCAAAGCAAGCCGGUCUAAAUAGGUGUGGGAAAAGUUGCAGAUUGAGAUGGACUAAUUACUUGAGGCCAGACAUCAAAAGAGGAAACUUCACUGCCGAAGAAGAACAAACCAUCAUCAACCUUCAUUCUCUUCUUGGAAACAAGUGGUCGUCUAUAGCUGGUCAUCUUCCGGGAAGAACGGACAACGAAAUAAAAAACUACUGGAACACGCAUAUUAGAAAGAAACUUAUUCAGAUGGGGAUCGAUCCAGUGACCCACAGGCCGAGAACUGACCAUCUAAACGUUCUAGCCGCUUUACCGCAGCUUCUAGCUGCCGCAAAUUUCAAUAACCUGUUGACUCUAAAUCAAAAUAUACAACCGGAUGCAACAAGUAUUGCUAAAGCCCAAUGGUUACAUAGUAUGAUGCAAGUCCUCAACAACAACAACAACAACAACACAUCUUCUUCUUCCAUUGACAUUCAUAACACCAACAAUUAUAUCUUUGGCCAGUCUUCUUUCAUAGAGAACCAACCAAAUAUUAGUGAAAAUUUCUAUGAUCCAACCCAAAGCCUCUCUCACAUUGAUCAUCAGCCUAUGGAUUCGUUUUCUAGCCCGUUUAGAGUAUUUUCUCAUCAAGAUAUUGUUCCUCCAUUGAUCUCGGCCUCUCCUGAUGAGUCUAAACAAACCCAAAUGAUGAUCAAGAACAAGGAGAUUUUGAAGCAUAAUGAGCAUACUUCAAACCCUUCCUCGACCCCAACGUUCGCACAAGACCAUCAGCCUUGGUGUGACAUAAUUGAUGACGAAGCAACUGAUUCUUAUUGGAAAGAUAUCAUAGAGCAAACUUGUUCGGAGCCUUGGCCAUUUCGUGAAUAGAGACGAAAACAAUACAAUAUGAGCAUUCUUUUUUUCUGUGGAUUUAUACACACAUGUACAUUGUCAAUUAACUUCCAUACAGUUUGUGUUUUAAAAUUUUCUUAUUUUUUGGACCACGUAUACAAAACAUUGAUACUGUACUAAACUGAUUAUCAUACAUUUGUAUAUAUUAUUUUCUCUGA